GCAAACCACCCUUGAAGUUGAUGUCAAAGAGAAGAACAUGAGCUGCGAGCAAGCCAUUCUAGGACUAGGAAGUACAGGACCUCUCCCUUGUUGCUGGCUCGUGAGUUAGACCGCCGCCAAUUUCGCCUGCAUUUACUCCAGUAAAAUCUAAGAAAAUGGCGGUCGACUCGCAGGAAGCUAUCCGCGUGGCGUUCCUUCUCGAGCCUGGUCACGGCUUCAGCGGUACCGAUGGUUUCGAUUAUCUUGGGGCCCGACGGUUUCUCCUGAAGGCUAAGGCUCAAGACGGGACACUCCACCGACAACACUGGCAGCACGUGUCAGGAGUUGGCUAUGCCGAUUUCCGCGCCUUCCUUCGCGCUCAGCGAGACACGUGGCGACGGGAGCGAGAGGGGGAGCGAGACGGGGAGCGAGAGGCGAGCAGAGAGGAGGAGCGAAGCGCAGCAGCUGCAGCGCCUUAUGCCGACGCGGCACCGUCAUCUCAUUCCGAAGCUGUUGCAGCAGGGCAGAAGGAUCAGGGGGAGGUCGACGUGGGGGAGGCUGGUACUGGGGAGGUUGUUGAGCGCAAGGACAGUCUGCAGGAGGUUGUGGGGAUGGUGAAGAUUCAGGCAGAAGGGAUGAUUUCGGUAGCUUACCGUGAAGACCAAGUAGAAGGAGGAGAAGAAGGAAAAGGAGAGGGAGGAGAAGGGCAGUCAAAGGUGCCUGCAGCGUCUGCCACCGCAAUGGCAGAGGGUACGAUUGCAUCUGAUGCUGAUGCUUCAACGCAUGAUGUCCCUGGUGUCGGUGGUACUGCUGGCUCUGUUGCUGCUGCUCCCAGUGCUGCAGCAGAUACAUUCAACCGCACCGAAUUGGCUCUUCCGUCUGUCAGCACCAGCAGCAGCAGCUUUGACUCCGUAGCUGCCGCUGUUGCUGCAGCUCUUGGAAACGCAGCACCUGUGCCGUUUACCUCAGAAUCUGCUCCCACUGUUUCUGCUGUUCCCAGCACUGCUGCAGAUACGUUCAACUGCUCUGACGGCAACACCAAGGGUGACGCUCCUCCAUCUGCCAGCAGCAGCGGUGUUGAUUCCAUAGCUGCUGCAGUUGCAGCAGCACUUGGUAAGGCAGAACCUGCGGUUGCAACAGCCUCUGAAGCCGCUCCUGCUGCUGAUGGGCAUGGGUCCGAGGAUGCCGAUUCUAGGCGUGCUGCUGGUGCUGAUUCUGGCCGUGCUGCAAGCAGAGAGGGGCUCGAGGGCGGUGGGGCGCAGAGGGGAAGUGAAGGCGAGGAGGUGGCGAUCAGAGUGAGCGCAGCCAGUGGAGCGAGUGCUGGCGGUGAGGAGAGUGACGGUGAAAGAGCGGCGGAGGGAGGUGGCAAAGGAGAAGCAGCAGCAGCAGCAGCAGCAUUAGACAGUAAGCAGCAAGACAGCAAGCAGCCGUCGACCCCUCCCUCCCCUCCCCCGCUUCCUGCUGGCUUCUCCUCCUCCAUCUGCAGCGUUCCCCCGGAAGCUUCUAGAAACGUUCUGCCUCCCCCUCCCCCGCGCUCGGGUUCUGUUGGGUCAGCCGACUCGAGUGGGAAGGCAGGGGGAGCGGGCGCAGAGGGGAAGAAGGGGGCGAGGAGAGGGAGUGAAGGGGCAGCAGGGAGAGAGGGGUCUGCAGCAGGGAGGCCUUUAGAGAGGAGGAAAUCGGUAGGGGAGACGGCGGGGUCAGGAGGGAAGGGGGGUGUGGAGACGGGGCCGCUGGUACGCAUGAGUGCUGUGUUCGAGGACUGCCUCGCCUCAGUAAACAAGGUUCAGUUUUCCCGUCAUCACCCCGACCUGCUGGCAUACGGUGCAGCUGACGGUACAUUCCGGCUGUGCUACGUGCCCUGCAACACGGGGGGAGCAAGGGAGGAGGUGCAGGGGGGAAGAAGGGGGCUUUGGGUGUGGCGCGGGUGAAGCACGAGCUCAAAGGCCACACCAAGGAGGUCACAGAUUUCGAUUGGUCCACGGACGACGACUACCUGUGCUCGUCGUCGGCCGACAAGAGUGUGCGCGUGUGGGACGUGGGGACGGGGCAGUGCCUGCGCAUCAUCUACACGCUCAUUCCCCAGACGUGCAUCAUCUUCCACCCGCAAAACAACAACUUCCUGGUGGUGGCCAACAGCAAGAAGGAACUAACCGUCAUGAACUUCAGCACGGGUCGGGUGGUGAGCCGAGUCGCAAUGGACAGCAACGUCACCGCUCUGGUCGCUGACAGAACCACCGCAGCAGCCGCUGCUACCAGCACCAGCAGCAGCGGCAGCAGCGGAGGGGGGUCUGGGAGCAAAACAGCGGCAGGUACUGCUAGCAGGACAGCAGCAGCAGCUGCCGGCAGUGCGGCCGAGGUUGACAGUGUGGUGUUUGUGGGCGACAGCGAGGGCGCCAUCCACAGCUUCACUGUGGACAAGCAGUCCGGCUCGCUGCAGAGGCGCCACCGGACCACCGCUGGGGUCGUGCACCCGGCACCCGUGGCAUCCUUACAUUUUAGCCCCACUUCUGUGCUUGCUAACGGCCCUGUGCUUCUGGCAUGCAGCAAAGACGGCUGCGUGCGAUUCUACACCACGGCUCUGGAGCUCAAUGGCUAUCUCUUCCUCAAGAUCUCGCUGCAGCUCUCCUCUCGAGCCACCAACAUGAAUGCCGCCUUCUGCCCUCCCCUUGGGCCCUCCGAGUCUGGGGAAUACAUCGUGACGGGUAAUGCCGACCACCAUGUGUACUUUUACGAUUUCAUGAAGCCUCGUAGCCCGCUGGUCGCGCGCGUGCCGGGACACAAGGCCAUGGUGGUGGAUGUGAGUUGGAACAACACCAACACAGUGCUUGCAUCCUGCGACUGCGAUGGAGUUGUGGCACUCUGGCAACGAGCAUAGCUAGUCACAUCCAACAUCGUUUCAUGUUACAGUAGUGUUGUUACCAGCACAACAGCACAACCAUCGUGCACGUAGUAAUGCCGGCAGCAAACCUUGAAAACAAACUGUUCUACAGUAAAUGCAUAGCUGAAGUUACCUGCAAGUUGGGUUGCAGCAGGUCCAGUAAACCCUAAUCCUGAAA